GAGCUGGGCACCUAGGAGAUUGGGGGAAGGUGGCAUCCCCCAGUUCAUCCAGCACCUCAGGGUCACUCCCAGCAUGCCAGGCCCCAUCUCUAACCCUCCAGUUCAACUCCGCCCCGUCGGAGGCGGGGAAGCCCUUUGGAAUAAGCCCAGGAUGCAUCUAAGCAAGGGCAAGGCAGGGGCUCCAUAAAACAGCAGCAGAAGCACAGCACAAGGCAGCCAGGAUGCAGCAGCAGCAGGGGGAGGAGGCAGGCGGCUGUCAGCUGAGUGGUGUGGUGAGUGAGCUGGGGCCCCCGGCACUGCUCACACUGGAAGACCUGGAGAGGCUGGAUGAGGAGGGUGACAGCUCCAGCACUGCCGAUGGCCCCGAGGAUGACAUGGAGCAGGACCGGCUGCUCCACUACUGGCAGAGCGUGGGUAGGGGGCACCGUGUGGAUGUGCCCCACGACAUGGCAGAGCCAAUCCAGCAACUUACCAGAAACAACCGCCCCCAACAGAGAGAGCAUGUCCCGUUUACAUUGAUCCAGCGCAAAGAAAAGCAUGGAGAGCUGCUUUACGAAAAACGUCAGUAUGGAAAAGCCAAAUGGGCUUGUAUUACAAUGAAAGAAGAACAGUACGAACAGAGUAUAUGCCUGGGAUUUAUGAAGCUUAUGAAAUACAUUUGUGAGCAGAACUGUUCAGGUUUGUACCUUGGCUUAACUAUACCCAUUGUGACUAUAGUGCACACAAAUGAAUAUCGAUCUGAGAUCACACGUUCUGUGACAGUAGCAUACUACUUGCCUGAACAAUUGCAGGGGCAACCACCUCAGCCAUCGGAUCCCAACAUAGUCAUUGAAGAGUGGCCUCCUACUAUUGUGUACAGUAGGAGCUUCCAAGGGGUCAUCAAUGAAAUGUCUAUCAUGAGAGAAAUAAACUUGCUGGAAGAACUUCUGGAAAGUCCUGAGCUAUGUCUGGAGGACACGUUCAUCAUUGCGGGAUACACCAACCCAGCGGCGGUGGUGAGACACAAUGAAAUAUGGUUCCUACAAAGACCAUAGCUUCCCACUGCUGAUGCCUACCCAUUAUCCAACUUCAGUUUUUAUUUAAGCUUGCAAGUGAAUCACAUGAAAGAGUUAAUGAAAACUGUGGAUAAUUAUUCACAUAUUUAUAUGACUAUUUUUCUAAAAUAUAUCUCAUUGCAUCAAAUUACCAUGACAGGUAUUUAACUUACUUCUUCAGGUGGUAAUGGUUAACACCUGAAACUUGCUGCCAAUUUUGAAAGAAUUUCUUAAGCACAAUUUCCUAUUAAAUAUUUAACUUUUUACAGUUAUACACAAUUUUUCAACACUUUUCAGAAUUGAUCCCUGUUGUUUUUCAAACAAGCUGAACUCAAAUCACAAGACAGAAUAGUUCACAAGUUAAUAUAUUUUUUAACAGCAAAACCUGCUGUUGAACAUUUACUAUAAUAGCUUUUGCAUUAUUGUAUCUCUGGAGUGUCCUAAAUAGGAAGGGAAAAUUAACUAAUGCAAUUCUGACAACACUGAUUAGUUUUGAGAAUUCCACCAUCAAGAACAGAUUCCUCCUACUCAUCUCAAAAGCCAUUUAUCCAAAGUAUUUUUCACCUUAGGAAGAGUGCGGGAUGUGAGGACUGUCCUAUUACUCAUUCAAGGCUUGACAACAAGUAUUUUUCUUAACCCCAUUAUCACUAUUCAUUUGACUGAAUGUGCCAUCAGCAGACAGAAGGCAAGCAUUGCUGCUAGUCAAAUAUUCCAUUUUCUAAACAUAAAGAAACAUGAACUUCAGAGCCAAUCUAAGUUGCACGUUGAUUAAUUUAGAAGGCUGGUGUUAAAAUAAGAAUCUAUUCUAACUACAAAAUUAAAACCAUAAAUGUAGAAUGACAAGAAUUACUGUAUUAAGGAUUACUAGCAUAAUUUAUUGCCUCUUAAAAAAAUCAUUAGGUCAAUUUUAAUUCUGCAGCUGAAAGGGUUUUCCCCCCACCACCUUACAGAAAAUAUUUAAGUUUAUAGUUUAAUACUACUACUAUUAUAGUACUGUAAAAAUGAACAUCUUAAUACAUUCUGGAAUAUAAUUAUUAUGAGAGAAUUUUGAGCUUGGAAAUAUAUUUUGUUUAGGAAUUUCACUUCCUAGUACAUCCAAAGAAAUCUAGAUUUUAUGGGCUAAACUCGUAGCUUCACUGAAUAAGAAAUGUAGUAAAGUACUAUAAAAUUGUAAAUAAUUUUCAUAACUAAAUUUUAUCUGGUACAAGAUUUAGAUCAACUCAAGCACGUAUAUUGUGAUUUUUGAUCAUGACAAUAUAUAGCAUAAAUUAUUCAAAGUUAAUGUAUUAUUUUCUUAUUGUAACACAUGAGUAAAAGUGAUGUUUAUUUGUGAUUAGAUGUAUAGACAGCCACUGGAAAUUUUCUCCUAAAUCAGGUUAAGACUCUCAUUCCCUGGUAUUCAGCACAAUGCAGAUUUUUUCAUUGUUUAAUGAAAAACAAAUUCUGACAGACCUAUAAUAACCAAGUUCUUCCUCCUGCAUCCGAUUUAAAUUUUUAAUAACUCAAAGUAGUAUUUUAAAAUGCCAAAUGAAAUAUUUUACAGAAGUUGAAAUAUAUUGUUCACAAGAGUUAACAUACACAGAAAUAUUCUGAAACCCAGCAACAGUUUUCUUACUGUACAAUUGCAAACAGGUAAUGUAGUCAAGCAGCUAACUGCAUGAAUGAAAAUAAUUUUCAAAUUAUUUUUAGCUGGUGUUUCAGUACUUCUAAUGAGCAAAUAGGCCAAUAUUGAUGUGCGACUACCAUCUGCAUCGUGGAGUGUAUUGCUUUCAAAGUAGAGCUUUUUGACAGAGUAGGUGUGAAAGAACCUUUGCAAUUAAAAGAUAUGGAAAAUCAAUUCUCAAAGCCCAUUCCAUAUCUCAAAGAUAUGGAAAUUCAUUUCAAAGCACAUUCUGUUAAAUUUAAAUAAAAUGGUGACAGCUACCAAGCGAAGUAUUCCUUUUCUCCCAAAUAUGUAAAUGUCAUAAUUGUCUUAAAAAUCAUGGUACUUUCCAUGCCAUAAAAUAUGCUAGAUUUGCAUUUUCAGGCUUGAACUGUUUUAGCAAGCAUGGUCAAGAGAGUAAUCAAGGCACCCUCUUGUGGCUGCAGAGGAUCAAGGGAGAGUAAAGACAAUGCAUAAUAAGGGGAGGCGAUGGGGAAAUAGCCUGUCACAAAUCUCACCAUGUGCUAAUUUUUUACUGAUUACUGCCUCAUAGCUUGAAGAGCAAUUCAGUAUUACUUUGCAUCCAGUUGUAGAAAUUGUUGUUGCUUCCCAUCUAUUUCCCACUUAAAGUUAGUGAUAUACUGUUAAUAAUGACAACAACAGUGGAAGUGUUUAAUGUUAUUUUAUGCAAAAAUAAAGGAUCUAUGUAUCAAGUUAGUAUUUAUUUUUACCUGUAUUAAAUUGUUUAUACUGUUGAGAAUUAAUCAAUCCUAAAUUUGAAGAUACAGUGUAUGACCACUGAAGACUGCUCAUUUAUUAGACUACUCUUACAGUAAGGGAUGCUAUGAACCAUGUUUUCUCAUGUAUUGCACAGAUUUACAAAGCAGUCUAUAUAUAAGCACAUUGACAAAAGUUAUGAAAUGUUACCACGACAAAUACAUGCAUCAACAUCCAAGGCAGCCUGAACCUCUGCUAAACCAGAAAAUUCAUUUUCCAACCCUGCUACUUAGUUUCUCUCAACUGAAUAGGCAUUUUAUUGUAUUGCUCUUUUAGUUGCAAUACUUCAAACCAUUAAAUAAUUAAUAUUUAAUUUGAUAUUUAAAUAGCUGAUACAAUACACCUAAAAGUAGCUCUAACUAGACAUAAUUCACCUGAUCAAAUCUGAGUAGUUUGAAUAACUCAGCCUUAAAAAAAUGUUGUCCUGCCUACUAUGCAUUUUCCAAACAAAUAUUAGUGCCUAAAAAGUUUGAUCUGGUUAUUGUGACAUUCAGGGCCCUUCUUAUUGUAUAAAAAUAUGUAUAACUGUGUAGUUAUAUUUAUAUCAGUUCCAUAAGUACAGUGGGAUUUCCCCAGCUUUGCUGAAUGGCUGCUGUGUUGUUUUAUGCUGUAUUUCAUUUUCACUGAAACUUGUAUCUUGUUUAUUGUUACAGUUUUCAAAAAUAAAGCUAAGAUUUUAUUGUG